CAGAAAGGAAAGUAGAUACAUUUAUCUGGGCCUCCUUCUCUUUUGACCUCUCCUUUUAAGUUCCUUCGUUUGCCUCAGCAUUGAUGGUGCUUUGUCCCCUCUCCUCCUUCUGUACUUUGGACAAACGCAGAAGAGUAGGUUCCGGAAGCCAAGCACAGCUGGAGCAGCAGGGGCCGCAGCGGGAAGCAGGAGCUCCGGGCGGGGCAGGCGUCUGCCCAUAGGAAGGGCGGGGUGUGCGCGCCCCCUGUGCCCCGCGCACAGCUGGGUCGGCCCAUGCUCCGGCCCGCCGCGAGCUUUAACAUCUGGGACCCGUCUGGGGCAGCGGGGACCUGCGCGCAGUGGGCGCAGCCGAUGCGCCGGGCUGGAGGGUGAGCCUUGCGCCGGUGCUGGAACAGAGCUGGCACCUCCAGAUAAGGCCCAGGGCCACCAGGAGACCUCAGCGAUGCCAGGCGAAAAUAUCUUCCUGUUUGUGCCGAACCUUAUCGGUUAUGCCCGGAUUGUCUUCGCCAUCAUUUCUUUCUACUUCAUGCCCUGCUGCCCCCUCACGGCCUCCUCCUUCUACCUGCUCAGUGGACUUCUGGACGCUUUCGAUGGACACGCUGCUCGACUCCUUAAUCAAGGGACCCGAUUUGGGGCCAUGCUGGACAUGCUGACGGACCGCUGCUCCACAAUGUGUCUGCUGGUCAACCUGGCCCUGCUGUACCCUCGCGCCACCCUUCUCUUCCAGCUCAGCAUGAGCUUGGAUGUGGCCAGCCACUGGCUACACCUCCACAGUUCUGUGGUCCGAGGCAGUGAAAGUCACAAGAUGAUUGACCUGUCUGGAAAUCCAGUGCUUCGCAUCUACUACACCUCCAGACCUGCUCUGUUUACCCUGUGUGCUGGAAAUGAGCUCUUCUACUGCCUCCUCUACCUGUUCAAUUUCUCCGAGGGACCUUUAGUUGGCUCUGUGGGUCUUUUCCGAAUGGGCCUCUGGAUCACCGCCCCUGUCGCCUUGCUCAAGUCCCUCAUCAGUGUCAUCCACCUGAUCACAGCUGCCCGCAACAUGGCUGCCCUGGACGCAGCAGAUCGUGCCAAGAAGAAGUGACCCUGGAACCUCCAGCCCCUGGCUGCCCACCUGCCACGCAGCUCCCCUGUCCCUCCUAGGAGGUCCCAGGCUCACGUCUUCCCAAUGUGUUGUCCAACCUGCUAGGAAGAGGGCCAGCCUCUUUGGUGAUGUAAUCCUGGGGACCAGUCUCACCCCUGUGAUCUCCAGGGACCUGGACUUCAAAUCAGGAAGGAUGCUCAGGAGGCCCCACCCACACAGGCAGUGCUCCUGGGGCCCCAAGAGAGCUGUCAGAGGACUGGACACGGUCAUACCCAGUGGCUCAGCCCUAGCUUUUGGUCUGAGACCUUAGGGACACUUGAGUGAGGGAGGUGGAGUAAGGGCCAGGUUUUCCAAAAGGCGGAGAUUCAGGCCUCUGCCCCUGGCUAGAUGAAGCCUGUGGGUACCAUGGCCGGGAGGGAAGGGGCCGUUGAGAUCCCCGUUGCAGUCUCCGCUGUCCUGUCUGUCCUGGCUCUGAAAGCCUUGAUAAUAAAGGCGGGAGUGCCACUGUCCUGGA